UAUUACAUAGAGAUUAGUAUUGAUUGUUUAUCAUUAAGGACACGUCAUGUCCCACUAGUAAUUUUUUGGUUCAAACAAACGAUUUCUUUGUAAUUGCUAGUAAAAUGACUGGGUAUCUUAUAAUUUUGGGUUGUAUCGUAGUAAUAGUAAAUGGAGACAUUAUUGUUGAAACAGAAAGUGGAAAAAUUGCCGGUGUGGAAGUGAAGUCUAUAAUUAAUAAUGAAAAGUAUUAUUCGUUUAUGGGUAUUCCGUACGCGGAGCCACCUGUCGGUAAACUAAGGUUUAUGCCCCCGAAACCCCAUCCAGGAUGGAGUGAUAUUUUAAAAGCUAAGAAAGAAAAGAAACCAUGUGCACAACAAAACCUAUCAAUAAGAAGUCGAGAGAAAUAUGGAUUUUGUGGAACUGAAGACUGUCUAUACCUGAGUAUACAUACUCCCCGACUUCCAAAUGAUCAACCCCUUGAUCUUCCAGUUAUAGUAUUCCUAUACAACGAGAAUUUCAAAAUGUCCCACAAUUCGUCCAAAGAGUUCGGGCCUGACUUCUUUAUGAAUGAAGACGUAAUCAUAGUAACUAUUCAACAUCGAGUAGGAGUUUUGGGAUUCUUAUCUUUUGAAGAUGAAUUAUUACCUGGAAAUAAUGGAAUCAGGGAUGUGAUAUUGGCCGUCAAUUGGAUCAAACAAAAUAUCAAAUAUUUCGGUGGAAACUCAGAUAAAAUAACACUGAUGGGAAGUGACGGUGGUGGUGUUAUAGUUGAUAUAUUGUUACAUUCUCCGAAAGCAAAAGGAUUAUUUAGUGGUGCAAUAAUACAGGGUACUACUUCCUGGGGAUCAUCGUUUUUCAAUGGUGAUGGUAAAAAGAGAGCCAUGGCUUUAGCUGAAAAACUGGAAAGACCGGCAAAAACUAGUACGUCUUUACUAAAAGUGUUCGAUGACUUCUCGUCAGAGAUACUAACUGAAAAUGAAGACUAUGCAGUUCAUGCUGAUGAACCACGAGCUAAACAAAUAGGUGUUAUAUCAUUCGGUCCAAUCAUAGAACAUGAUCAUCCUGAUGCCAUAAUAACAAAACUGCCAGACGAAAGUGAAAUCAACAUUGAUAUUCCUAUCAUGAUCGGUCGCAACUCCAGAGAAGGUAUAGAACUAUGCGAAAGAUACUACAAGCGACCUCAAUUCCUGACAUUUGCUGAUCGCGAUUUACUUUUAGUUUUUCCGAUAAGAGUUAACUAUCAUUUUGAAGUAACCCAUAAUAAAUAUUUUGAGGUAAUCAAAGAAUUGAAAGACUACUUUUUUGAGGAAGGAUACGUGAGAGUGGGGGGUAUGUCCGAAUAUGUUACUUAUUUGACUGAUAUGCUGGGCAUGUAUCCUUUGGAUUACACAGUUAAACAGUAUGUUAAUGCAUCUAAAGCUCCUGUGUACUAUUACACUUUUGACUAUAGUGGGGAAUUUAACUACAGGAAACAGCUUGCUCUAAAGGACGCCGCAACUAUCGAUGGUACCUGGGGAGCGACUAUAUCAGAUGAUUUGUGUUACUUGUUUGUGUGUAAACCUAUCAAAAAGGCUUACGUUCAGGCGUUGAAAGAAGAGGACUCGGAUGAUAUGAAGGUUUUGAGACAUAUGGUUAAAAUGUGGACCAAUUUUGCUAAAACAAGAGAUCCAAACCCAUCUGGAGGAGAUUUUAAGUGGACGCCAGCAACCAAGGAAAACAGAGAUACUUUGCUUAUCAAUGAAGAUCCAGAAAUGAAGAAGAAAAUCAAUGAUGAAAUUGUCACGUUUUGGGACAAUUUCAUAGAAAAAUACAGAAAUCUCGCAGUAGACGGUGUCAUAAAGGACGAUGACACUGAGAAGGAUGAACUUUAGUAGAAAAAAAAAGAUUUCUCAUUUUACAAAUAAAAAUAAAAUGGUUUUUCAAAGUCUGUAAUGUCACAAUAACUGUAAUUUGAUGCAUUUAAUGUGAAACAAACGAAUUUCUCAUGUUUUUUAUUUUAAUAAAGUAAGAGUUAAUCUGA